AUGAAGUUACAAAGUUUAGUUUUAGUAAUAGUUUUAAUAGCAAAUAUAAUUUCAAUAACAAACGCGGCACGAAUAUUAGCAGUAUUUCCAACACCAGCGAUAAGCCAUCAAGUAGCGUUUCGACCGUUAACACACGAGCUAGCAAGGAGAGGUCAUAAUGUUACAGUUAUCACACCAGACCCUGCCUUUCCUAAAGGCCAUGCUCCGGCUAAUUUGACUGAAAUUGAUGUCCAUUUCUCUUACAAUUUCUUCCCACGAAUCUUUGAUAUGCAUCAAGGAGAUAAAGGAGGACUUAUCAGGAAGAUUCAGGAAUAUGUCAAAAGUCUUACAAAGAUAUUUGAAAAACAGUUGCAAGUACCAGAAUCAAAGAAGUUGUUUAAUCAGAAGUUUGAUUUAAUAAUCGUGGAAGCGCAUAUUCGACCUGCUUUAGGAUUAGGCCAUGUAUUCAACGCUCCCGUUAUUCAGUUCAGUUCAUUGGGAGCUGGUCCCAACAAUUACAAAAUGUUUGGAGCACCAUCGCAUCCCUUUUUAUAUCCGUCCCCAGCUGCUCAAAGGCUGUACGACCUAACUCUCUUUGAAAAAGCAGAAGAGUUGCUGAAGAAUUCAUUCAUUGAUUAUAUUGUAUCAACAGCAAAGGAAUUUGAAUACCAAAUGAUGAAAAGAACUUUUGGCAAUGACGUGCCGAAUUAUCAAGAGCUAGAGAAGAAUGUCCAGUUGUUAUUUUUAAACGAACACCCGAUUUGGGCGGAUAAUCAUCCUGUGCCAACUAACAUUGUUUAUAUUGGAGGUAUUCAUCAAAGUCCAAAACGAGAAUUACCUCAGUUAUUAAUGACAAAUACGUGUGCGUUAAAUAAAUGUAAUGGAAUUAAGAAGAGCAAUAAAAACUUUCCUCAAGUGAUCUUUUUUUUGUUUCAGGAAUUUAAAACAAUUUUAGAUUCAUCGAAGAAUGGGGCUAUAUACGUCAGUUUCGGUUCUAACGUCAAACCUUCCUUAUUACCACCGGAAAAGCUCGCAGUAAUGACAAACGUUUUGUCAAAAUUACCAUACGACGUAUUAUGGAAGUGGGACGGGGAGGAGCUGCCAGUGAAAGCAAGCAAUAUAAAAUUUUAUAAAUGGUUCCCCCAAGUUGAUCUGUUAAAACAUCCGAGUGUCAAGCUGUUUAUAACUCAAGGAGGGAUCCAAUCAGCAGACGAAACGAUAAAUGCUGCUGUCCCUGUAAUCGGCAUUCCAAUGAUUGGUGACCAGUGGUACAAUGUUCAGAAAUACGUAAAACAUGGAGUUGGUCUGCAGAUAGAUUUGUCUGAAUUAACUGAGGCAACUUUCGAGAACGCCGUGAGGAGAGUUAUUGAAGACAAAAGUUUCAAGAGCAACAUGAUAAGACUCCGUUCGCUCAUGAGGGAGCACCCAGUGCCGCCACUAGAGCUUGCUGUGUGGUGGGUGGAGCAUACACUGCGACAUGGCGGUCAGCACCUGCGCUCCCCCGCAGCGGGGCUCACCUGGACAGAGUAUUAUGAAGUGCCCUUAGUCCUCACUGUUUUAGCUAUAGUUUUAAGUAUCUUUUUAGUUAUAGUUUUACUGGUAUUGUAUGUAGUACGGAUAGUGAGAAAGUAUGUUUCGAGCAAAAGUUAUAUACGGAAUAAGCAAAAAGUUAAUUAG